AUGGCGUCCAAGGCUCUCUUCCUGCUCGCCAUCCUAGCGGCGGCCGCCGUGCUCACCGCCGCGGCGGAGCAAGCUCAUGAAAACAACGAGAAGAUGGCAAACGACGACGACGCCGGCGUGAAGGACUGGCACGGCGGCGGCAGCGGCGGAUCAGGUGGGUUAAGCCACGCCUGCGAGUACGGAUGCUGCCACCACGUAUUCCAUGGAGGCUGCCAGAAGUGCUGCCCGCCGCCGCCCGGCGCUAGGCGACCGGAGGAGGUGAAGAACUAG